AUGGUUUGCUCCUGCAACGCCAGAACUGACGCCAAGCCGAAUAGAGUCGAGCCUCAGUCGUCCGGCCAAGGCGCCGUCGUGGAAAGACUAACACGGAUAGAGGCCAUGCUCGAGGAGCAGGGCCAGAGACUCAACGAUCUCGCACUCGGCGCAACGUCCUCGUACGCCCCGAGUCGCUCCUCGCUCCAGCCCAUGCCCUCACCCUCGCUAGUAGCAGCCUCUCCAGCCUCCGUAACCAGCCGGACGCUCGAGGGACAUGACAUUCACGGGGAUCAGGCACAGUUCUUGAUCCCUUAUGACCAUUCCACCGCGGCCGUCUCGCUCCUCUCGCUGCCGAUCGUCAGAUCCCUGGCCGGUGACUACCCCAAGAACUACUUUUACGACAUUGAGGAAACAUCUCCGCUCCCGCCACCGCUUGAUCUGAUUCACCAGGAACCUAUCGCUUGGCCACCGGCCCCGGACCCCGGUAUUUUAGAAUUGCUUACUGAUGUCUACUUUACUGCCGUCCACCCGACUUAUCCCUUAUUCACAAGACAGUAUUUCAAAACUCUCUACUCCAACGUUCUGGAGAAUGGCCUCACAGAGGACGCCGAGACUGCCAUUUGCCUCUGCGUAUGGGCACUCGGCUCUAUCUUUGUCUCUAAUACCCCGACCGUCUGGGGCUUCACGCCAGAUGUGCAAAUAUGCCAGGCACUACUCCUGGCAGCGUCGUACAUCGCCCACCUGGGCAGACCCCUUCACAGCUGGAAGAUGGUGCAUUAUGCCUCCCAUAAAUUCCUGCAGUUGACACACAAACAACGACGAGCCGGUCUUCUGAACGAACAUGACGACAACUACCUACGUGUCUUUUGGUCUUGCUUCAUGAUAGAAUGGGCAGCCGAGCUCGAUGUUGUACGGACGGGCAUUGAGCCCAUGGCAGACAAGAUGCCUCUACCAAGGACCCUCGACCCGAGCGAAACAGACGACAUUAUAUACUUUGUAGCCGAGACAGCCGUCAGAAGGCUCCUCAACCGCAUACAUAGUUCGCUUUAUUCUUCGGACAACUCGGACAUUGCUGCAGUGACGGAUCCCUCUAGCGGCCCGAACAACAUAAGCCUGAACAAGUUGAUGGCCCUCAGUUCGGAGCUUAACAGACAGUUGGAAGAAUGGUAUAGUUCGAUACCUGGAAGAGUACGUCCUCCCAUAGGCACAGAGCCCAUGACGAGCGAGCGAGGAAAAGUGCUACGAAUUCGAUACUACGCUGCACGACACAUCAUUCACCGACCAUUCGUGCUCUACGUUGCACUGCAGACGUCACCGGCGCCCGGCUCGCAGCCAACCACUCCGCAACCGCAGUAUCAAAUCCCACGACUCAUUCUGGAGAAAUGUACGACCUGCAUCGCCUCCUGUGAGGCCUACCUCUACAAUGUAUCCGAGAUGCUCGACAAGCGGUCUCCCUACCUCUGGACCUUCUCGCAGAGUGCCAUGGCAGCGUUGCUCAUGAUCAUCAUCGCAAACUCCUCGCCGCAACUACGACCGUUCACGCCAGACAUCGAGGGGCUCUACGCAAUGGUCGUGCCGAAGAUCAGGAAAUGGGCAGCGGCUGGGUCGAGCUUCGAGGCGGAAGUCAAGAUCCUCGACACCAUCGCCGCUAGGGGGCAAUUCUCGACCGCUUGA